AUGCUGUGCAACCACAAGACAAGCUUCGCUUGGUGGUCAUGGUGGUGCUGCCUGGUCCUGCUGUGCGUGGCAGGACGGGCGCUCGCCAACACAGAGACGCUUGUGCUCGACCUGCGGACGGACCAUCUGCCCGCUGACGCGGCAUGGCACGCCGACGUCGACAGGGCCGUCCUCCGGACGGCCCUCACCCCGGCUAUGGUCGCCGCCGGCACCAACACCUUCUUCGUUGACCUCUCCGCCGUCCCCUCCGGCGGCGAGACGCUGCUGCUCUUCGACGUGACCGGGCUCCCGAGAAAGAGCUUUCUGGUCCGGGCUUGCUGGUCCGCCAUGCACCCCGUCUCCGUGCACGUCUCCGCCGCCUCGGCCGGCGACUCUGACCUGCUGGCCGUCGUGCUGGCGCCGGACUACUACUCCGCAGCCGUCGACGGCCCGGCGACGCACGGUCUGCUGCAGCGCUUCGCCCUCCAGCUCACGCUCUCGGAGAACAGCCUCCUCUUUGGCAGCGUCAGCCCCGACAUGCUCCGCCUGGCCUCUUACGUUGCCACCGUUGCCUUCGGUGCCGUCCUCUUCUCCGCCAUAUUCCCCCGGCCGCGCACCCGCCCGAGAAGAGAUCAACGGAAACGGAGAGGGCUGCGACGGCCAGCCUUGUUUUGCUCUGCUGAGGACAGCCUUGGUGAAGUCUGCGGGGUCGGGGGUCGGGGUUGGGGUGAAGCGGGUUGGCAAGAGAGCAGCAGAAGAACCCAGCGAGACACAGCAAUGGACACGGAACGUCAGGAGGACGCACGGACCCAUGCGGCAGCUGUCGGCGGAAGCAGCAGCAGCCACGGGCCGGACAACGGUGGUGGAAAAGAAAACAUGGCUGUGGCAAGGCCCGAUAACGGCAGCAAUCACGGAGAUGGUCUGGAGCAGGAGAUCGAGGACGACUACAAGGAUAGCAGCAGCCGAGGCAGCAGCAGCAGCGGCACGUCGGUGUCGUCCGCGGUGAUCGAUCCGGAGGUGCUGACACAGGCGGACGGGCUGGAGAACGGACAGGAGCUGGUGGCCGGUCGGAAGGAGGAGGACAAGGAGGGGGGGUCCGAAGAAGACACGGCGUCCGGAGACGGAGACGGAGACGGCAGCGGCGGCAGCGGCGGCAGCAGCAGCAGCAACAAAGACACAGACACCCCGACACACAUCGACCUUGGCGUUGGGAACGGCAAUGGCGAGGCCGCCGAAGCGGCCGUGAAGCUGGCGGAGCACGGCGCCCACUCGGAGCUGCCCCAGCUACAGCAGAUCCGGCAGAUGCAGCAGAUGCAGCAGAUGCAGCAGCUCCAACAGCUGCAGCUGCAGCAGGCACAGGUACAGGUACAGGUACAGGCGCAGGCGCAGGCGCAGGCACAAGCACAAGCACAAGCACAAGCACAAGCACAGGCGCAAGCACAGGCGCAGGCACAAGUCCGUGCUCAGAACCAGACGCAGCAAAACAUGCUUUUCUACACUCAGCUUUUUGCCCAGCAGAACUACCAAAACCAGGUUCAGCCACAAGGCGGAAUCCAGGGCCAAAUCCAGAACCCAAACCCAAAUUCAAGUCCACACUCGAACCAGAAUCUGAACCAAAACCUAAAGGAAAACCCUCUCUUUACCUUGGCAAACUCUGUUCCAUACAGGCCUCUCAACGAGAACCCGGAGACAUCAGAAAACCACGACAACAGCGAGAAGCACGCACAGGACCCGAAAUUCGACUUCAACGACACAGGAGCAAACUACUUCUUCCAGAAGCAGCAGACAGAGGAUCAGACCAAAGGGCCCCUGCAAGCGCCGCAGGAGACGCAGAAAACCCCGUCGGGUGAACACAUGCCUCAAGACCCGGCCCAGAAACAAAAUUCAGCACUCCCUCCUUCGACUGACUGGUUGGCCCCGAUGGGUCUACCACUGAACAUGGCCUCCAACAUAUCCGCAGCUAUUGCUGGACAGCCUCAGCCAUCGGCGGAACACCAACUAAAUGACCAGCUGAGGGACCAGAACGGUAUGAGUGUUCCAAACGCUGGCGGGAUACCGCAGAUGUUGCAGUACAACACAAUCAACAACGCCUUCCAGCUUGGGCUCUUGAAUGGUAGCGUCAACGCCAACGGCAUGAACGGGUUUUUCCCGAGCAAUAUCGAUAUGAAUGGCUCACACCAGGCGCAAGUCCCCGGCCAGCAGAGCGACAUCAUGCUGGACGGCUCGCACAAUGGACUGAUGCGCAGAAAUACAACCUCCGACGGAAUGGCAGCCCCGAAGGUCUUCAUGUGCCACCAUCCGGGCUGCAACAAAACUUUUUCGAGAAAGUUGAAUUACGUCUCCCAUUACCAGUCCAAGCACGAGCACAAAAAGCCGUUUGAAUGUGAAACUUGCCACAAAUCUUUUGCUAGACAUAGUGACCGCCGCAGACACGAGAAGAGCCAGCACACUACAAAGAAGGGCUUUGUAUGUGGAGGAGUCUUGGAAAACGGAGUCAAGUGGGGCUGCGGCAAACGUUUCAAACGGAAGGACGGCUUGACCGCCCACUGGAAGAGUUUGAAAGCAAAAAGAAAGUGUUUUGAAAAUCUUAAGGAGGAAAGCGUUCGCCAGAUGGAGAGGAGUCUUCUCGACUGA